AUGAGAUUUGGAAUUCCUUUGGACCUAGACGACUCUUCAAACCGUGCUAAUGGUGGCGUCGUACUGAGAAAGCCAUACCCUUCGUCAACGCUUUUCAACUCACAAGAGACUGCUUCACGUGGUCCAGGGUCAGUAUCGAUCAACUUCAAGUCGAAAUCCCCAUCUCGUUCCACUUAUGAUGCGUCAGCCUCGAGAAGCUACGGCAAUGACGGCAACGGUUAUGCUAACAAUGUGGACGAUAAUAAAAAUACGCCUACCCUAGCCCCGAUGCAACAUACAUCAACUACAAUUACAAUCCCACAGUUUAGUGCCUUCUACGAUUCAAUUGACAAAUUAAUGCAGACCUAUACUGAAAGUAUAUCAAGCAAGCUUGGAGAACUCGGAUCGAAGAACCCAGAUGCAGUUUCAAGCGACUUGGACCACGUUACCUCUAAUUUUGACGCUAUUUUAAAGUUGCAGUCGGGCCAGGUUGAAGAAAUUAUCAAGCAGGAACAGUUGGAAAAGAAGAAAAAGCUCGAUGAAUUGAAGCGUAAAGAAGCUCUUAUUGCCCAACAGAAGGAGCAAGCAAGGCUCGAAGAAGAGGCAAGAAUAAAGAAGUUGGCUGAAGAAGAAGCAAGAAAAAAGCAAGCAGAAAAGAAAGCAGAGAAGGCAGCAGAGGCGCAGAGGAGGGAACGCGAAGCACAAGAGGCACAGAAGAAAGCUCAGCUAGAACUUGAUGCAAAAAGGAAACUAAAUGGUACCACAAACUUUGCUUCUAUAACAAAGGAAAGACUUGCAUACAGCGAGGACAUAAAAACCAUAAAACUUACCGUGGUUGACCAAUUACUGAAGGAAAGUGCCGAUCUUCGUAAAGCGGUUUCAUCACUCAAGCGUAAGAUCAAUGUUAAAUUCGGACAGCUUUCAAACUCUAAUCAGCAGCUUAUGAAAAUAACCCAAGAGGUAAUCCAGCAGAUCGACGACGCUAAGACCAACCUGCACAGCGAACUAGUGUACAAGUGGAUACUUAACUUUGUGGCCAAGGCAAUUGUUUCGCAAGCUGAAACCGAAGUCAUUGUCAAAUCCACGGCAGCAUUACCAUUGGCCAAACUAUCACUUUCCUUGCUUCAAAAGUAUCCCGAGUUUGCUUAUUUUUUCAAAGCAAGGCUCAUAAAGAAAUGCCCCUUCAUAAUAGGUUACACUUCUAAAAUCGACACCGAAGAAGGAAGAAUACUCAUGGGCUGGAGAAGAAGGGACUCCAAGUGGGAGGACGAAGUAAAGUAUGAUGAAAGAGUUGCUGGCAUCUGUACAUUAUGGGCAGUGAUUACCAGAAUAGACGUGGAUAAGACUGGCAUCGACGAAAUGUUCACAAUAGCUGCUUCAUGGAAGUUUUUAGCCAGAGCCUGUAACACAUCACCGGCAUUAGAGCUACUUACCAAUGCCCAUUUCGGCUGCUUAGGAAAUUGGUGGGAAGCUUGUGCCCUGAAUUUACUUAAUGCAUAUCAUGGGCAAGGAAGAAAAAUGCUUCAGGUUGUUUCAAUGGACCUCACACUGGCGGUCUCCUCAUUGAAAUACCCUGCAGCAGCCAGAUUAAUGAUUAUGGGAGAAGAUUACUUCACCAAUAACAAAAUAGAGACGAUCAAAGAAAUGGAAUACUAA